AUGGGUCGCGACACGAGAAGCCGUAGCCGAUCACCUUAUAGAAGCCGUGACCGCGAACGCGACCGUCAUCGAGGCCAUAGGUCCCAUAGACACCACCAUCGUAGCGAUGAUCGCGACCGUGAUAGUUCCACCGAACGCGAGAAGGCUCGUCGCAGAGCUCAACGCGAUUUCCUGACCAAGUCGGCUCAUCAAGCUGGUAACACCUCAAACAUGUUCUGGGAUGGUUUCCAGUGGAUUCCCAAGAUCGGCACUCAGGAUUCUGCCCAACACAAUGCCACACGGAAGAAUCGUCGGCUCUAUGUUGCUAACCUCCCCAUCCAACUAGGCCUUACGGAGGAGUUCCUUGGACAACAGCUAUUCGCCGCUCUGCGUGAGCGGGGGUGUAUCGCAUCUGAUGGCCAUAGUCCUGUAUUACACGUCUGGUUCGCCAGAGAAAAGGGUGGUAACUAUGGAUUCGUAGAGUUUGCUACACUAGAAGAUACCGAGAAUGCACUGGCGCUCGAUGGCCUGGUUGUGAUGGGAGCCCCUAUCACUAUUCGCCGACCAUCGGAUUAUCAAGACUCGACUGUUCCCAUGCUUAACGACUCGGUUGUUGCUGCUGCUGCUGCCGCUGCUGCUAAUAGUGCUGUCGGCAAUCUCGGUGGCCAGGCUACUAGCCGAAUUGUACGGUUCGCGCAGAUCGUCAGAGUUGGCCCCAACACUACCAAGGAUGAGUACACUGACGUAAUUGAAGAUAUGAAGGGCGGCUGCGGUGACUUUGGCAAGCUCGACGCGGUAUAUAUUGCAUCGGCUGAUGUCCAUGAUCCUUCUACUCAAGGGUUGGUACUCGCUGCUGGAGAUGUGUGUUUGGAGUACUCAGAUCUCGGUGGUGCUGAGGCUUGUAUGAACGGCAUGAAGGGUCGCAAAUACGACGGUCAGGUGGUUCACAUGAGCAGUGUAGAUGAGGAGACUUGGCAGAAUUUGGCGAAGCCGGUGCUUGUCGAGAUGGACGCAGCACUUGGUAUAUUGUAAGACUGGAGUCGCCGCCGACCUGCUUGUUGUUACUACCUUGUCGUCGUCGUUAUGAAGGCAAGGGCCCCAAGGAGUAGGUCAGCACGUGAAACUAUUACUACCCCUCAGCGGCUCAUCG